AAGGAAUUAAAUAAAAACAACCAACCAUUACGUAAAAGAACAAGAGCAACACCAGAGCAAUUGUCAGUGUUGGAAAAGACAUUUACAAUCAAUCAAAGCCCAAACAAUAGAAUGCGUGAACAAUUAUCAAGAGAAUUGGGUAUGUCUGAACGGUCUAUCCAGGUCUGGUUUCAAAAUCGUCGUGCAAAAGUGAAAAAUAUGGCAAAAAGAUCGUCUAUGCUACACAAUGAAACACUAAGGAUGCAAUAUGAUGCUGCUAAUGCUGCUGCUGCUGCUUGCCAAGCUGCACUCUUUCAACAAAAUCCAUUGGCCGCCCAGGAUCCUGUGAAAUCAAACCCUGAAUUGUAUUACUAUUACUAUUACUAUUACUUUAACCAACAGAAGCAAAAACAGAUCAAUGCUCAUCUCAGAUCUAUCCUCAUUCCUCCUCCACCUCCACCUCCUCCAGUACAGUCCUCAUCUUCACCACAACCACUCUUUACGGACUUUGAUAGAAAGAAUCGCAUGCGUGCUCACACUGUUGGACCUUACCCUGUAUAUCACCGACCUCAAUUUCAAAGAGGCACAUCUGUAGAUAUUAAUCAUAAUGACCUUAUCCUUGAUGACAAUACCAAUUUCAUAAAUAACAACAACAACUCAUUCGUCUCUUUUCAGCAACAAAUGAAUAGUCCUUGGACUGAUAUAUCUUUUUAUGAUGAUGUUUCUUCUUCCUCUACUGCUACCACAACAUCAGCGGCUACUACCAAUCCUUCAAAUUCACUCACAGUCCCUAUCGCCAUGCAUACAUCACAUUCUUUUUCUACCGAGUCACUUCAAAUCGGUACUUGGAAAAGAGUGAAAUUCGAAACAAGUGAUCUCACUUGUUCAUUUGAUAAACAGCGUCAUAUGUUCAUCUGGUGUAUUCAAGAUGGUGCUUGUAGCUUUAAGAUGGAAUUUCAUCAGGACGCUGUUCAAAGUAUUACCUUAAUCCCUAUCAACACGUGGUCUCGUCUGGAAUUUCAAGUGAUUCCUCAGCAAAUCUCGUUUUAUAUGAAUAAUGGUCAACAAUGGGUUCAAUGUAGAGAUUAUACCGAGGAUAGACAGGCCUCGGUGAUCAGUCUUCAUCACCUCGAGGGUCCUACUCUCCUGUUAAAAUCGGAGUUGCAGCAACUGGUGCAGGAAAACACAAGAAUUGCUUCUGUUUAUAAAUAAGUGCCACUCCCCUUUUUUUUCUAUGUAUGUAUGACAAAUGUAUAUUAAGCCUCUUUAUGAUUUGCGCGG